UUAUUUCACAAUCGGGUUUUUUGUUUUCUUCUCUUCUCUUCACGAGUGAACGUCAACGAUCACGAAGCUUCACAAUCGCGCCACGAGAUCCAAAACUCUCGACGCCUGGCAAUGUCUCCUUACUUCCUUCUCCUCCUCAUCCCCAUCAUCCCACUCUCUCUCCUCGUCAUCUUAGCCCUAAUCGUACGCCCCAAACCCGUCAGAAUCCCCAUCAAGUCCCGCCACGUCUUCAUCACCGGCGGAUCCAGCGGCAUCGGUCUCGCUCUCGCUCACCGCGCCGCCUCGGAAGGAGCUCGCGUCUCCAUCCUCGCUCGCUCCGCUAAAAAGCUCGAGGAAGCCAAAGAAUCGAUCAAGCUCGCCACCGGAGUCGAGGUCGCCGCGUUCUCCGCCGACGUCCGCGACUACGACGCCGUUUCGAAGGCGAUCGAAGAAUCCGGUCCGAUCGAUGUGUUGGUGGUGAACCAAGGCGUGUUUACGGCGAGGGAGCUCGAGAAGCAUAGCGUGGAGGAUGUCAAGUUCACGAUCGAUGUUAAUCUGGUCGGGAGCUUUAAUGUGAUUAAAGCUGCUUUGCCGGGGAUGAAGGCGGGGAGGGAAGGUCGUGGACCUGCUUCCAUCUCUCUCGUCUCCUCUCAAGCCGGUCAGGUGGGUGUCUACGGCUAUGCUGCGUAUUCGGCGAGCAAGUUUGGGCUACAAGGUUUAGCGCAAUCGCUGCAGCAAGAAGUUAUUGCUGAUGACAUUCAUGUCACUCUUGUUUUCCCUCCUGACACUGAUACACCAGGGUUUGAGGAAGAACAAAAGAGCAGACCUGAGGUCACUUCCAUAAUAGCUGCGUCUUCUGGUUCAAUGAAAACAGAAGAAGUAGCCAGAAGAGCUAUGGAAGGCAUCAAAGCAGGAAAGUUCACUGUCUCAUGCAACUUUGAAGGAUUCUUGCUGGCUCUCGCGACAACAGGCAUGUCACCUCAAAGAUCAUUUUGGCUAGCUUUUCUUGAAGUCAUAACCGCAGGACCUAUAAGGUUGGUCGCGCUCUUUUUCCAAUGGGACUGGUACAAUGCCAUCGAAAAGUGGAGCAAAACCAAAAACAAAUAAGAGCUAGAGACAUAACAUAGCUUGACAGUGUUUUUAAGGCAGAAACGCUGAUGGCUACUCUUGCUGUUAGUUUUGUGGAUUCAUGGCACGGUCGCAGAACAAAUUUGUGUUUUCUUUCUUCGUAUAGAGAAUCUAAAAAAAAUCAUUUGAAUGUAUUAGCCUCACACACUCUUUUUACUUGAUCAAGAUAUGAAUGUUCUUCACAA